UGAAGCUCCGUCUCCGUCACUCGAUCACGGAGAGAACAAUAGGUCGCAGAGUUAACCUCGUUCUACCGCAACAAUGAAGGGUACAUACCCCCCAGACAACCGAUAGAGUAAAAAAAAAGAAGAAUUCCCUAGCUGACUUUCUUUCCUUGACAGCACUCAUUCUCGUCGGUGGUUUCGGUACCCGCUUGCGGCCUCUUGUGAGCAACCCCUCGAUGCCACCAACGCUCAAUAAACCUGAGCCACUCAAUGGACCGAGAGCUAACCAGUUCGACUUGUCGCUAGACCCUUACCCUCCCCAAGCCGCUUGUCGAGUUUGGCAACCGUCCUAUGAUCCUGCACCAAGUUGAGAGCUUAGCUGCUGCUGGUGUGACCGAUAUCGUACUAGCUGUCAACUACCGCCCAGAUGUUAUGGUUUCUGCGCUCAAGAAGUACGAAGAGCAAUACAACGUCAAGAUCGAGUUCUCCGUUGAGACAGAACCCCUCGGCACCGCUGGUCCCCUGAAACUAGCGGAAAGUAUUCUUGGAAAAGACGACUCUCCCUUUUUCGUCCUGAACUCCGAUGUCAUCUGUGACUACCCAUUCCAGCAACUAGCAGACUUUCACAAGGCCCACGGUGAUGAAGGAACCAUUGUUGUCACCAAAGUGGACGAACCAUCAAAGUAUGGUGUUGUCGUCCACAAGCCCAACCACCCCUCUCGCAUCGACCGAUUCGUCGAGAAACCGGUCGAGUUCGUCGGCAACCGCAUCAAUGCCGGUAUGUACAUCUUGAACCCGAGUGUACUGAAGCGCAUUGAGCUGCGUCCUACCUCCAUCGAGCAAGAGACCUUCCCCGCCAUCGUCCGGGAUGGCCAACUUCACUCAUUUGAUUUGGAAGGAUUCUGGAUGGACGUUGGUCAGCCAAAGGAUUUCCUUACUGGUACCUGCCUAUAUCUCACCUCUCUCACGAAGCGGAACUCGAAAAUGCUGGCUCCCAGUUCGGAGCCUUACGUGUACGGCGGAAAUGUCAUGGUUGAUCCGUCUGCAAAGAUUGGGAAGAACUGCCGUAUUGGACCUAAUGUUGUCAUUGGCCCCAAUGUUGUGAUUGGCGACGGUGUUCGUCUACAGCGCUGCGUCCUGAUGGAGAACAGCAAGGCUAAGGACCAUUGUUGGAUCAAGUCUACCAUCGUUGGAUGGAACAGCUCCGUCGGCCGAUGGGCACGCCUGGAGAAUGUGACUGUGCUCGGUGAUGAUGUGACGAUUGCCGAUGAGGUCUACGUCAACGGCGGCUCUAUCCUGCCGCACAAGAGCAUCAAACAGAACGUUGAUGUUCCUGCUAUCAUCAUGUAAACGCCGUUUCUGACUUGUCAUAACCCCCUCCCCCCAACCCUCAUCACACCACCUACACACGCCUACGCCGAAACACCUCAGCUGCAUAGAACCGGAGUCGAUUUGCGCCUUCACAACAGUCGAUUUCAAGUAUUCAAAUCCUCCCCGUCGACGUUUACCUCUUCUUCCCAACUCUCUAACCUUCCCCUGGUGCUCGAUUCGCACCUCCAAACACCUUGACGGUGGAACCAAUACGUGCUUGGGAUCGAGCUCCA